AUGGGCUUGUCCGGCGAUGGUCUCGUGCUUGUGUAUAUUAGUCUACGUCUUCGAGGUGUUAUCGGAUGGUAUAAGACCGUCCUCGUCCUUACGAUCAAAAUGACCUUAGACCAAGACAGCCUCCGCGCACGCUUCCGCCAUGCCCCUCUCGGAGAUAUCCUCCCCGCCCGAAACCGCGUCGAACGACACGGCGCCGUCCGUCUCGGCACCGCGCGCGAACUCUCCACCAGCCGCCGCAUCCCAGUGAGGUACUACGAUCUGAGCGUCGCCGCACGGCAUCCAUUCCGGGUAUUCACGGCCGUGCUGCGGAUGGAGUUGCUAAGUGAGCGGACGAGAUUGCUGGCGGAGCGGGCGCUCGCGCAGCGGGAGAUCUCCCCCACCCCCGGUUACUGGAGCUACUCGAAGCGCGACGAGUUCAUCGCCGAGGGGCUGGAGACCUUCCGGUGGCAUUCGCGGGCGACGGUCACGCUCGAGGACUGCCAUAUCAAUCAUCUGACGCCGCGGACGAUCGACAUCGAUCUCGUGCAGAGGAUGAUGCGCGAGCGGGGAAUGCCGGCUAAGGAACGCAUCGACGGCCCGCCCGCGCCCUUCAAGGCGCUGGAGGAGACGGUGUACUGUACUUUCGCAGUGCCGGGUGGGGGUGAGUACGUGAGGGGCUCGUAUACGGCGCGGUUUGGGGAGGGUGAGCAGCGGGGGUGGCGCCGGCUGUACGAUCAGAUUCUUGCGUGGGUGAAUCGCGAAGCGAUGGAGCAGAUGAUCCUGAAAAGAUGCUUUGAGGAGUUCCCGGAUGACCUGGCGCAGCUUCAGGCGCAGAAACUGGCUUUCUUCUGUUAUCGGGUAACGGCUCAUGCUUGGAAAGCAUAUUAUUACGGCGUGGAAUUUGUUUCGCUGGCGCAAGUUGUUGAAGGGCAAUUUGCUCGACUACGAGCCCCUCACUCUAAGCAGCUGAUUAUGGAGGCUGAUACUGAUCCGGAUGGAUUUCAACGGAUGCUGGGGGCUCCCGUGUUGGAUGAGUUUUGCCUGUACGAGCAGAUCCAGCAGGAGAGUUGGAUCGAUUGUCAGCCAGUGAUUUGCGUUUGCACUAGUCAGACUGAUGCUCAAAUGUUAUAUGGCAAUGUAUCUGGGACCAUGAUGACUUCACGUGGAGAUCAAGUUGUCCCAGUCCCUUGUCAAUCGAACGUAUCUUGUAUAAGGUCCCCUGAUGCCUUAGUCCAGGGAGCUUAUAGAGAAAAGCGAGGUGUAGGUCGCUACUUCGCAACGCAGUUUUUCAUGCGCAUUCCAGCAUUACCCUCCCUGUCUGACUUGUAA